GAGGGGGCCCUAAAGGCAGCGUCAGUCUCCUGGAUUCUGGGUGGGUACAGUCAUUUCAGCUCAGAGACUGAGGCAGAAAACACCAGGAACAUCUCAGCGUGACUUCAGCUCUGUCAUCUGUCACCGCGUUAGACGAGUCUUUCUUCCCCGGACGGACUGAGAAUGGGAAGCUAUCCGAGCUAGCUUCUGAAGAGGACCUGCAUUCAGGAAGGAACUCUGCUAAGACUGCCAGGUUGAAUCACCAGUGGCAUCGCUUCCCUCCGGCGGACGACCAGGAGCGCAGUAACGAUGCAGACUUUCCUGAAGGGCCGGAGAGUUGGCUACUGGCUCAGCGAGAAGAAGAUGAAGAAGCUGAAUUUCCAGGCCUUUGCUGAUUUGUGCAGGAAAAGGGGAAUAGAAGUUGUUCAGCUGGACCUUACUCAGCCUCUGGAGGACCAGGGUCCCCUGGAUGUCAUCAUCCACAAACUGACUGACCUCAUUUUGGAGGCUGACCAGAACGAUUCGCAGGCUGUGCUGCUGGUGCAGAGAGUACAGGACUACAUUGAUGCCCACCCUGAGACCAUUGUCCUGGACCCACUUCCUGCAAUUCGAACCCUUCUGGACCGCUGCAAGUCCUACCAGCUCAUCCACAGGAUAGAAAGCUGUAUGCAAGAUCAGAGGAUUUGCUCUCCUCCAUUCAUGGUGCUGAAUACGGAGUGCAGCCCAGAUGUGCUGGAGCAAAUCAGGAGGCAAGGACUCACAUUCCCUUUCAUUUGCAAAACACGGGUGGCUCAUGGCACCAACUCCCAUGAGAUGGCCAUUAUCUUCAGUGAAGAGGACCUGAAGGACGUGAAGCCUCCGUGUGUGAUCCAGAGCUUCAUCAACCACAACGCAGUGCUCUACAAGGUGUUUGUGGUGGGCGACUCCUACACCGUGGUGGAGAGACCUUCCCUGAAGAAUUUCCCUGCUGGACCAGCAGGUGGUCUCCAAUCAAGUACAGGACGCAUCUUAAGGAAAUUUUGCACAAACAGGAAGCCUCUGACCACAGUUUGGAGUUCCACAGCAAAGGACAGGAAAGCCAUCUUCUUCAACAGCCACAAUGUUUCCAAGCCAGAGUCGUCCUCGGACCUGACCUCAAGAGACAACGUCGAGGGAGUCUCUCAACCACCGAGCGAUGACGUCAUCCGGGAGCUUUCCAGGGCCUUGAGGCAGGCGCUCGGCGUGUCCCUGUUUGGCAUCGAUGUCAUCAUCAACAACCAAACGGGCCAACAUGCCGUCAUUGACAUCAAUGCAUUCCCUGGUUACGAGGGCGUUCCAGAGUUCUUCAGCGACCUCCUGAACCACAUCAGCAGCGUGCUUCAGAGCCACAACCCCGACUACACCUCCGAGGGCCUGCCGCUGAGCACCACGGUACCCAGCGACGGCCCGCCCGCCCCCGGCUGCUGCAGCGUGCUGGCCAAGGAUGCCGGCGGCAGCCCCUGGAUCGUGGAGGGCGACGGCGGCUUGAAGAGCCCGCGUCAGAGACUCUGCUGCAACUCGGCCAUGUCCCCCAACUUCCAGCAGCACUGUGUCUCCACGAUAGCUACCAAGGCGUCCUCCCAGUGACUGAUCCUCUGCCUCAGAUCUGUCUGAUCCCCGAACAAAAAGCAGAUGACAGUGGUGACAAUAAUAAUAAAUAAUGAUCAUAAUAAUUAUGAUGUUAAUGAUGAUAAUAUAUCUAAUCAAACCUAUAUAGUUAUAGAAAUGAUGGUGAUUGGGUGUAAGCUUUUUUCUCUGCCUUUUUGUAUGUUUUGUUUUGUCUAAUGAGACUUAACAGUACUGUAAUGUGAACUUUUGGGAACUUGCCUAAUAGCUGAUUUUAAUUUUUCUCUUGUGUGAGUUCUCUGUAAUGAAAGGGUCCAGAUAAGGUAGCUAAUGGCAAUGGCUGAAUCAGGCCUGGAGGAAGAUGUGCCACUAAAUGUGCAAUGCAUGAUCCCUUGUGUGACGCGCACGCGGUCACGGCUCCGUUUUCAUGGCCGUGGGCCGUGCCUGCGAUGCGUGUCUGUAUUCUGGUCAGUAUCACUGAUCCUCUGCACUAAAUCAGGGGGAGGUUGCUGGGCAUUUGAACACUACUCCACAGAUCCAGGCUGCUACGCGACUCCAGCCGACCGAGUCCGGACAUGAACACAUGAGCUGUUUACGUUUCAGCGUGCCAUCACAUUCGCCUCACAAACCGUAUUUUCCAGUCUUAUGCGACCAAGUUUUAUAAAGACUGCUGCACCGAGAGUCUAACUGUACAUCAGGUAAUGAGCAUUAGGUGAGAACACUCCAAAAACCACAUUCUUGGCAGAGCAGGAAGGCGAGCAUCACAUUCCGUUUUAUAUUUUUUGGACGUCUGCGGAGAAACCUAUGACUUCUUUUCAAAUUCCAGCGGGCUCCUGCGAGAAAGGCGGCGCUUUGUGCUUUUGACUGCGACGCUGCAGGUAGAAGCCUGUCGCGUGAGCAGACUGAGUGUCGCUUGACCCCGUCAGCAGACCUGCAUCUGUUGUCACUUGAACUGUCAGACAACCAGUUAUUCCACUUCAGUGAGGCGUGAACUGCUUGAAUGACCGUUUAUGUUGGGUAAUAAUUACUUUCCAUCUGUUCGACUUUAAACUUUGGUUCAUCACGCUCUCGAUGCUCUUGACCCGCCUAAUGUUUCAGCUGCUGUAUUUGUGUCAAAUGUAAAAUCAUUUGCAGGGGAAGUGGCAGGAAAUCAGUUCUUGUUCCCAGUGUUCACUGUGAGAUUUUUUUACUCCAAUUUUGUUAAUAUCUUUGUCCUGACAUCUACUAAGAGCAACUUUAUUUUAUUGAAAUUUUAUGGGGAAAAAUGUUUUAUAUAAAUGAAAGCAUGUGAACAAUUGUGGAUAUUUGCUAGAAGAAUAGUUAAAUGCUGGGUUUGGUUGCACAGGUUGAGUCACAGGGACAGAUGAGGCUGAUGCUGUUGUGUCUCUCUAGCAUCUAGUGGGAACGACUGACAGCCUGCAGCAUCUUCAGACUAUUUCUGUUCUUUUUUUCCCCAGAGAGCUUUCUGUAUCCGUUGUCACAUUUCCUCCAUCGAUAAGUGAAGGACGUGACUUGUUCAGCUAGUUUUACCAUCCUAGCAGCUUCUCUGUGUGCCGAAAGAAAGACCACGGUAAUGUGGGAAUGUGUUUUCAUGGACAUUCUGCACCAUGAGAACAUUUCCACAGCAUAGAGCUUCAGCUCCCUGUGAUUUGAAUAUCAACAAUAAGCAUAAGAAUAAAAUGUCCUGCAGCAGACUUAGGGGAAACCCCUGAUCUACGAUAGUUAUCGCCUAAGAGUUAAGGGUGCAGCCCAACGAGAGCUGGAACGCUGACGUGUGUGUCUACCACUAUACUGUGUCCUAUCUCCGGUUCCCUGUUGUGCUUCUAAAAGAUAAAUAGUUAAACCUGAACUUGGUUUGUGUGGAACCCAGGCAGUGUCAUCAUGCUCCCAGCUUCCACCUGAAUGUUUACUUCUUGGGUGUCUUGUACAGUAUGUGUAUAUAUGCUUAGGCCUACAUCCGUACAGUACAGUAUGUUGUUUAUCGGUUCUGUAAUUGAGAACACUCCAGAAUUUUGUGACCUUUUUUAAUUAAAUGGCCAAACCAACAGGUCAGAUUAAACACGUGAAACCUCA